AAUAAUUUUAAUGUCGUGAUAUAAUGUUUUCACUUGAUUAUCAAACAUAAGAUUCUAUAACUGGUCAUAUUAGCUUCAAGGACUCAAAGCCAAGAGGCUGCUUCGACGCGUUUCCGAUGCGAUGGAAUCGAAGCCGAAAGACAAAAGAACAAGCAAACCAUAUUCAAUGGCACACAAACCAGCAAUUCAACCAACUACAACAGACAACAAACUAGUACUACAACGAAAUGGAAUUGCUGCAAGAAUCAACAAAAACUUAAUAGUUUUUAAGUACUUUUAUCUCUUGUUCUACAGCGCUGCUGGGACGACUUUUCCUUUCUUGGUAAGAUAUUUUUACCAGAUUGGUCUUUCCAAUGGACAGGUCCUCGUGCUAACUUCAGUUCGUCCAGCAAUUCACCUAUUAUUCGCUCCAUUUUGGGGAAUUCUCGGAGACAGAUACGUUUGUAAAAAGCGAAUAAUUCAAUUUUCUCUAUUAAUUUGGUUAAUAGCGACUAUUUCCAUGGCAUUUCUGGAGCCUACCGAUCAAGAAUGUCAGCUUGUGACGAUUAACGAAUCAAAGACAUCGGUUAUAAAUUCCACUAACAUGAAAACGGGUUUCUUCCGUCGAAAACGCGCUGUUAUUGAUAUUGUAGAGACACCUUUAAUAACAGAACCGAAAAUUGAAACUACUAUUAACCAAGGAAUUGUUUCUGGUGGAGGACCCCUUAGUGAAAAUGAAGAUCAAACGGUACCUUUUUCAGGGAGUGGCUUGGGUUCACCAACAGAUCAGACAGUCUUACACGCAACCACGACGGAACCUCCAAAGACAAAGCAAAAAGAAAAACAUCGUAAACCGCAAAAAACUGCAAAUAAGGUUAAACAACGGAACGUUCUACGGGAAAAUGAGGAGGAGUUGAAUCAUAUCUUCGUCAAUGCGUUAUUCGCUCUGGCAGUAGUUGAGAUUUUUGCCUGCCCCAUUUUAAUUCUCAUCGACGCAGUUGUUUUGAGUAAACAAAAUGAAGAAAACUUUUCCUACGGACAACAAAGAGUGUUUGGAUCUCUAGGAUAUUUAAUGUUCUUUUUCAUUGUCAAUGCCUUACUACAAAAUUCCCUACGCCCAGUCUGCGGGGAGAUUUACGCUGAUUUUGUGAUUUGUUUCUGUUUCUUUGCGUUGAUAACUAUUGUGACGUUAAUAGGAACAGUUAAACUACCAUCAAUGAAUUGUGUUUCAUCCUGCUCGGGCACUAGACCAUUCUUUCGACUUAGGCAAAUAUUCUACACCAAGCAUUUUGGGACUCUUUUUGCAAACAUAUGUUUCAUGGGGUUCGCACACUCUUUCCUUGAAAAUUACUUCAACUCCAUUGUAAUGGACUCCAAGGUUUCCUACAGUACAUCUGUAACGAUUAACUUCUUCCGUUCGAUUGGUGAACCGCUGGCUUUAUUCUUCAGUAGUAUGGUGCUCAACAGAGCUGGUAUCAUUAACGUGCUGUUUGGGAUUCCUUUGGUAACUGCGCUCAACCUUUUUGCAAGUUCGUUUAUAACAAGUCCUUGGCAUGCAAUUCCUCUUGGGUUACUGGAUGGCUGUACUUAUGGGAUAUCAUGGGUAGCUUACGCUACGUACCUUAUUGGUUCUGCUCCAGAUGAUUGCACGGCUACGGUUCAAGGAUGUUUUCAAAGUGCUUAUUGGGGAAUUGGGAAUGGACUUCGUGUUUUGAUCGGUACAAGCAUCAUGACCCUCGUUGGUCCAAGCACCUCGCUUCGUUUAUUCACCAUUGUGGGGUUCUGCAUCACCAUUGCUUUUAUCGUUGGUCUUAGACAUCUGCACUUUACAGAGAAGAACUUUUAUACAACUUUAAUCAGAAGACUAGAAGGUCUUUGCGAAGAACAGAUAAAAUGCGAAGUAAUUCCACCAAUAAAACAGGGUGGUGACAGCAAUAAUGAAGCCAUGGCACACAAGGUAACCGUCAUGGAGAAAUCUGAAAGGAAGAAAGAUGGAGGAAAGAAGGACAAUAUUAAAAAGGGAAAACACAUUGAAGACAAUAAAUUUUAGCUAAAACAUGUAAAAAAGUAUUAAAAAAAGAAAAUUUAAUAAUUAUUAAUUUGCAGACAAACUAAGAGCACUCUAGUACGAUCUAGGACUGCUUGUUUAUAUGAAUAAAAAAAGAUGCA